AAAAGAGUGAGAUUUGUCGGUGAAUUUUGCUUUCGGGGCUUGGCAGCUGGAGGCAACAUAGGCAAGAACGACCAAGUGCUCUUUUUUGUUAGUUCCACCAGCAAGCAAGGCAUUUAUCUGCAUGAGGCAUGUAGACAAUGGUGCCAUUCAUUUAAGACGAGGGAGGCCUUUUCUCCCCGCCUGGUGAAUUGAAAGACUUGUUCGCUCGUCCAAGGGCAAAAUGUCGCCGGCUCACCCAUCAUACUGGGAUUUCAUCUCAUACAGAAGCAUUCAGAUCCCAUCUGUCAAAUGCCUAGUUGACUACGUCCAGAAAGCUAGUAAAAGCGAGUGCCACGACGGAAGUAUAAUAGCUUUGGACUAUGACUCCACCUUCCCCGCGACAACGAACGCGAAACCCAUAAAAGAGGUUGACCUUUCUAGCUUUCUGGCGGAUCCAAACAGACCACAAGGAAGAAUAUUGGUGGUCCAAGACGUCAACCACUCUCUGAUCAACGUUCUGGGGGCACUGCUAGACGUUGAUCCGCUCUUCUUUGCCGGACAUGUCGGCACCGAAUUUCCCAACCUCGAAAAUGCGCCGCCGGGCCCUGCAUACUCGCUCACUCCAGUUCGAAUUGCAGAGGCUGGCUUUCUACACCUGCACUACCAGCAGGUGCUGACUAUGACAUACACGACUACCGACGGCGGUCUGCAAACAGUGCAAAGUGCGCCAUACUCGGUUGUUACUGCAGGAAACAUACCACGCAACAUACGCAGGCUCCCUUCUCUGUCGGGCAAACAGUUGUGCCUAGCCAGGGGGUGCCUUUCUUUAGUGGUCAAGCAGCUAGGGAGUUAUUGGAUUUGUCUUGUGUUGGUUGAUCCGCCCAUCAAAUCCGCGAAAUCAAAAACAGGCGUGAUUAUUCCGUACACGUUUGAGCCUCUGCACGCUAGCUACGAAUCCUUCCAACCACCACAGUCGUUUUCAUCCUUCCAAGCAUCCGGUACUACUAGAUCCAACUACAGCCAAGAUACGAAACAGUCGAUACUGGAGAGGCUUGUCCACUAUUACACAACUUCUCCACCAGCAAAUGACGUCUUGAGCCUCGCGUACUUCCCCACGCGAAUGGUCAUGUCGGAAUGGCAGCUCUACACCAAGCUAGCAAGCCGUUUCCUCAAGCACUACGAGUACAACCUACAGGACCUCUCCCGGCGCCUACACAACGACGACAUUGUCGACCUGCAGCGGUGGCGACGUCGGUGCCAGCAGAGCAAGCACAAGCUCAGUAUCGUUGCCGAGUUCAUAGACUACCACACUGGCGACACUGCAUCGACACAAGACAAGCGCUCUCCCUGGAGAUUGAUACUCAAGGACAUUGACCACGUGCAAUCCGAGCUGCAAGAUUUUGGCCAGUCCCUCGAGCAAAUGAUACCCGUCGCGACGUCCAUGGUGCAGAUCCUCGACGCGAGGUACUCGGUGGUGCACGCCGCCAACUCGACGCGGCUGGCCUACGUCGCCCUCAUCUUCGUGCCGCUGUCGUGGGUGGCGAGCCUAUUCAGCAUGUCCGAGGGCUACGGGCCCGGAGGGAGGCUGUUCUGGAUGUACUUUGCCAUCGCGCUGCCGUUGGUGCUGCUGACGCUGAUGGUUUCGAAAGGGAUUUCAUGGAUGGCGGAUCGAAGAUAAAGGGGCGGGGGGGAGGUUUACGGAGCAGGAAGAUUUGAACUGGCAAAUGCAAAGAGAGAGCGGUUGCUUAAAGUGGGGAGGAAAUUCAAUGCUAUUUCAGGAGGUACAGCUCUCAAGGGAAUGAAUGUGUUGGCGGAUGGAGCCGGUUAGGGGGUUUCUUUUCCGGUUGUGGCACACUGCCAAUUUGGGGAGUCUGGAUGGGGACCCUGCCUGUUGUUGCUUGCUUAUGACGGGGUUGACUUGGGAUGCUUUUUUUUCUUUCUUUGGCAGUCCAGACCCAUGAUGGAAUUGGAAAUCAAAAUCUCGAUUCCUGAUGACUACAAAAACUCACAGAGAGGGAGCACUAAGACACGACCAACCAUCGGGAAAAAAAGCCUCCUUUGCAGCUGGGGCCUCGGAGUCGGAGAAGGCACCUGGCCAGAUAUAGAUGGACAAGAGAAGCAAAUCCAAUGAACUGUACAAAUCACCCGG